AUUUUGGGUCGGAGUUUUUCAUAAAAAAUUUGAAAUUAAAAUUUGAAUUUGUUUUAAUUUUUUCCGUAUUUUUAAUCUCCGCGUUUUCCCACGUAGAUUGAUGGGGGAAAAAAAUUCGGAAAAAGUUUUUAAAAAAGUUUAAAAAAGAAAAUUUAAAAAAAAGACUACUUUAAUUUCACAUGAAUACUUUGUCAUAUUACUGUGGGAAAUUACUCUGAAAGAAACCUUUUCAGAAAGUUACUCAUAUUUAGAAGGAAUAAAAUGAUGAAGGAUAUCGAAAAUAAUAUGUUUAUUUUCCAACUUCUACUGUUUGGGUUUGUUCUUGGUUCUGAAGUUGUUGCAGACGAUUCUUCACUUAACAUUCAUUCCUUUUCUGUCAUGAGUGACAUCAAGUUUCGCUAUGCAACCACAAGAGUGGAAACUGUAUUCAAAAACACACGUAAAUCUUCAGCACUAGCCGUAUUUCACGUCAACAUUCCGGAAAAUGCGUUUGUGUCAAAUUUCACCAUGGAAGUUAAUGGUUCUGUUUUUGUGGGAGAUGUUCUUGAGAAAAAGCAAGCCAAGGAGAUUUACGACAAAGCUGCACAAAGAGGUGAGUCAGCAGGUUAUGUCGGCACAGAACAUAGGCACACAAGCACAUUCCAUGUGAUGGUCAGCGUAGAGGCACAGAAAACAGCUGUGUUCACACUCACAUACCAAGAGUUAUUGCGAAGGUCAUUCGGGAAAUACAAACAUGUUAUUCAUUUAACCAACAAACAAAUCAUUGAGAACUUUAAAAUAGAAGUCUUUAUAUCAGAACUUCAAGGCAUUAGCCGGUGUAACGUUGAACUUAAGCAAGUGAGUUUUGAAAAAAAUGCUGUUGAAAUAAGGAAGGAGACGAAAGAAGUAGGGAACAUAGACUACAAAAACAAUAAACAAGUUUAUAUAAACUAUGAACCCAGUGUCUCUGACCAGAAGGCCUUAUCUUCCCAGGGAAUCACAGGACUGUUUGAAGUAAACUAUGAUGUCGACUGGAAAGUAUCUUCAAACAUGGUUUAUGCUAUCGAUGGAUACUUUGUACAUUUUUAUGCUCCUGAUUCUUUCCCCUCACUUCAGAAGAAGAUAGUUUUCAUGUUAGACGUGAGUGGUUCAAUGUCUGGCCGUAAAUUGAAACAACUGAAAAAAGCAAUGACUGGUAUCCUUCAUUCGUUGAAACAAGCUCUGGACACAUUCAUGAUUGGAAUAUUUAGUUCAGGCAUUGACUGGAUGACUGAUGGUUUUUUGCCAGCAAGUAAGGAGAAUAUUAAUGUUGCUCUUAACUAUAUUGAUAGAUUAUCUACGGGUGGAGGAACAAACAUUAACGAAGCACUUCUUACCAGCCUGAAUAAAUUUGAUAAUCUAAAGUCCAGUGAGACUAAAAAUUUAAUCUUUUUUCUGACUGAUGGCCAACCAACUGAUGGUGUCGUAGACUGGUUUACUAUUAUAAAAAAUGUGGCGAAAGCUAACAGUGAUACUUCUAUUUUCACAUUAGGCUUUGGUGAAAAUAGUGACAUGAAUUUCUUGAAACAACUUGCUGGUGCAAACGGUGGAUUUAGUCGUAAGAUCUAUGUAGCAGCUGACAGUCGAAUGCAAAUCUUAAACUUAUAUCAAGAAAUUUCUCGCAUCCUUUUGAAAAACAUUGAUAUAGUUUACCUAGAUGAUGCUAUCAAUCGUACAACCUUAACAGAAAAUUCAUUCAGCUAUUACUUCAAAGGUUCUGAGAUAGUUGUUGCUGGUACCACAUCAGAAGACCUGAAAGAAGACAUAAGCAUUUUGCUCACAAUGGACACUUCUUCUGGUUUGAAAUCUGAAAAAUUAAAGCUGCCUAUUGAAAACCUUAAUGGUGAAUUUCAAUUAGGUCUUGAAUCCAUUCCACAGAAUCCCAAACUGACUACACUUCAGUCUCUUCAUACUAUAACUCGCAACACAUGGGUUCACCUCACUUUAAAAAAGUUAUUAAAUUUAGAAAGAACUCCAAAAGUUCGAGACCAGAUAAUCUCAAUAGCACUCAAAUAUGGCUUUGUUACACCUCUGACUUCAAUGGUGGUUGUACAAAAUAUGGGAAUGAAAAUGGUCAGGGAUGGUGAUCGUCUAAUUGAACGUAGUGGAAAGCGCAUGUAUCUUGGAAUUUCAUGUGGAAAUACCUCCUUUUCCUAUUACCUACUGUUGGUUAUCGGUUGCCUCCAAAUGUAUUUUCAGAACUGGUAGAAAAUCUUGUCUGCACUUGACAUCAAGAAGGACUGAGGAAAAUUCUGAUGUUAUUUGUUUCAGUAAUACUCAUAAAGUUUUGAAACAGCUCCCACAGCAACAUUUGGUAACAACUGUAUCACCACAAAUGGUUUUAAUGAAGGUAAAAAUCGGACACUAUACAAUAUGAGAGAAAAACUAGUAAGAAUACAAAACAGAGGUAGAUAUCUAGAUUAUAUGAUAAAGAUAUUGUAUGUAUGCGCGUGUGUGUGUGUGUGUGUUGUGUGUGUGUGUGUGUGUGUGUGUGCAUGCAUGUGUGUAUUACAAAAUAGAGGUAGAUAUCUAGAUUAUAUGUUAAAGAUAUUAUAUAUAUAUACCCUACAAAAUACUAAUCUAAAAUUUUAAUAAUAUAUAAUAUUGAACAAUAAGAUUAUUACAAUCAUAUAAUAUAUAUGAGCAAAUACUUUUAAAAUCACUGUGAAUACCAUACCAAGAAACAUUCAUCAUAAAAAUAUUAAUCUAAGAUCAAAAAAAGUAUAAAUUGAACAAUAAAAAUUAAUUAAUACAAUACUAUAAUGUGUAAAAGUAAGUACUUGUACAUCAACUACGUGCGUUUCAUGGCUGAAUUAGGACUAUGUAAAAUCAUAUAAGAAAACCAUAUCUAAGUUCAUUAGAAUGGAAAAAUGAUUUUACUCCCAAAAGCAGUCACUCCUCAGGUCAAAUUCAUAAAAUAAACCUAAAAACUAAAAGUUUAACUUACCUCAUAAUAUGAUAAGGAAUAAAUAUAUAUAUAUAUAAAGAGACAAAACCUGUAAUGUAAUCAAUAAGUUAAGGACAUUAAUAUUAUUAAAAGUUAUGAGCUAAAAAAUUCAAAUAGAGUAUUAUUGUGAACAUGAUUAAUUCAUUAUGGAGAAUGUCACAAACAUCUAGUGUCAUGCUAAUUUGAGAACAUAUUUUCCGUGGUAGAAUGAUUUGAUGUCUAUUUUCAGCAUAUUAGGAAUUCACCUAGUGGUGUUUGUUCUUAUUUAUACAUUUAAAUAUAAGUUGUAGUCCUUGGACAUUUUUCACGUAUGCUGGCUACUGGUUUAAAUUAAUAUUA